AGAAGCAGUGGCCUUUGUUGCUUGUUGGUGAGUGAUGACUCAGUGUGUGGCUGUGUCUGUGAACCACUCAUAAUCAAUUCCUUCUUCCAAGUCACACUGUGCGUGGCUCACUCUCAGAGCAACAAUGCUGCACUCCACCACCCCUUCCUCCUCCUUCCACUCCACCACUCUUCCUCCUCCUCCUCUCCUCUCUCAUCCAUUUCCUUCUUCCUCUUGUUCUUCUUCCUAUAAUCCAUGUCAACUUCUCUGUCACCUCUCCUUCCACCCUCAACCUCUCCGCUUAAGCAACCUCCGCGGCCAUGCCUAUUUACCACCAAAAACCAAGGCUCUGAAGGUGAUCAAGUGUUCCACCACAAAACCAUUGAAGGUGAUGAUAUCAGGUGCACCUGCAUCAGGCAAGGGAACUCAAUGUGAAUUGAUUGUUAGCAAGUUUGGGUUGGUCCACAUAUCAACUGGGGAUCUGCUGAGAGCAGAAGUAGCAGCUGGCACAGAAAUUGGAAGCAAAGCAAAGGAAUUCAUGAAUGCCGGUCGUUUGGUUCCUGAUGAAAUCGUCACAGCUAUGGUGGCAGCUAGAUUGGCUCGCGAAGAUGCCAAGCAAAAAGGGUGGCUUCUUGAUGGGUACCCUCGGAGUUUGUCUCAAGCUGAGAGUCUGGAGAAAAUGCAGAUACGACCUGAUUUGUUUAUAGUAUUAGAUGUUCCUGAUGAAAUUCUGAUCGACAGAUGUGUUGGGAGAAGGCUAGACCCAGUGACAGGGAAAAUAUAUCAUCUAAGCUUUUUUCCACCGGAGACUGAAGAAAUCAAAGCAAGACUGAUCACUCGUCCUGAUGAUACCGAAGAGAAAGUUAAAUCACGCCUAAACAUAUAUAAGCAAAAUGCAGAAGCAGUAGCUUCCUCUUACUCAAACAUAACAAAUAAGAUUGAUGGCAGCCAUCCUAAAGAAGUAGUUUUCAAGGAAGUGGAAUCUUUGCUAUCGCAGCUGCAACAAGAUAAAGUGAAAAUAAUGAAAUCAGGAGAAAAAUCAAUUCUUGAUACAAGAAUGAGGCUGGAAACUUUGAGCCAGGAUAAGUGGAAAGGAAUUCCUACUAAACUAAAUAACAUUCCCCAUUCUCGAGAAAUCAGAGAAUAUUUCUAUGAUGAUGUACUACUAGCUACACAGAGGGCCAUCAAUGAUGGAAAAACUAGGUUGAAGGUUGACAUCAACAUUCCUGAGUUAAACCCAGAAAUGGAUGUUUAUCGAAUAGGUACCUUGAUGGAACUUGUUCGAUCUCUUGCACUUUCAUUUGCUGAUGAUGGAAAACGUGUAAAGGUUUGUGUACAAGGGUCAAUGGGACAAGGUGCUCUAGCUGGAAUGCCAUUGCAGCUUGCCGGAACUCGAAAGAUUUUAGAGUUCAUGGAUUGGGGUGAUUAUGGUGCAAAAGGAACCUUCAUCAAUAUUGGUUCCAUUGGUGCUGCAGAGGUUGAAGAGCAAGAUGACUUGUAUAUAUUGAUUGCUCCUCAAAAUGCUGUAGGAAAUUGUAUUAUUGAUGAUCUAAGAGCCAUGACGAAUGCUGCUGAACACAGACCAGUUAUCAUGAUCAAUGCUAAGCUUCAGGAUUUACCUGCUUCUAGCGGUAUUAUGCAAACAAUGGGGCGGGACCAGAGACUCAAGUAUGCAGCAUCAUUUGAAAGUUGCUAUUUCUUUCGGCUUCUCUAUUAUGCAGGAACCCAGUAUCCCAUAAUGGGAGCUCUCAGGAUGUCUCAUCCAUACCGUUAUGAGCUGUACAAGAGGGUAGAUGAAUCACCUGGAAAGGAGAAGUAUAUUCUUUUAUCUACAUUUCCCCAACGGCCUACUACGGAUGAAAUUAAUGAUGCUUUUCAAGGAAAACCAAGGAGUGAAACUCGGAGUGCCUCAGGAUUUUGGGGCUUGUUGAGUGGCAUGUUUUAUGCAGACUAGAAAGCAGUGGGAAAGUGUCGAAGUCUAUGCUUCUCUACAUUAUUAUUGGAGAUUGAUGACAGUUAUCUACUUGAUGGUAGUAGUGUCCAAGUCACAGAUUGUAGUAAAACUUGCUGGCUGGGGAACAGCUUUAUAGUUGAGUGCAAAUGACAGGGAACUGAAGAUUUUGAAUAGAAUUCUCAUAUUAUAAACACAUAAAAAGUGAACAAAAACGAAACUUUUUGUAUAGAUUGAUGAUAAAAAUGUUGGAAAUGUUAUUUGUACUUCAUUAUAUUAAAAUAGUUUUAAUUUUAAGUGUGCGUCUGGAUUCUCAUUGAACUCAAUGUAGAUUCA